AUGGCGGGCGUGGAGGAGGCGCUGCAGCAGCUGAAGCAGGAGCUGUCGAGUUGGGCGGAGCGGCUGCAGCGCAGCAGCAGCAGCAGCAGCAGCAGCAGCAGCAGCAGCGGUGAAGACCCCGUGUUUGAGGGGAUGGUGCGGGACCUGCAGCAGUACGACAGCGCCCUCCAAACCCUAGAAAGGGGAGUUAGGGUUUGUCUCGAGGCGGCCGCCUCAGGCGCCUCCAGCAGCAGCAGCAGCAGCAGCAGCAGCAGCAGCAGCAGCAGCGGCGGGGACGCAGGGCGCUUUAGCAAAGACGCGGAAAAGGAGAGCCUCAAAGGAGGCGACGGGCAGCUGCAGCAGGGCACAGACAAAGACAGCAGCAGCAGCAGCAGCAACGGAAGCAGCAGCAGCAGCAGCAGCAGCAGCAGCAGCAGCAAGGCUGCACCAGAAGCUCCCGCUGCAGGCUCCUCCACAGCGCCCGACCCCGCAGAAGACACGGGGGGCCCCCAGCAAGGCAAAGGGGGCCCCCUGGGGCCCCUUGAGGAUUUGCUGAGCUUCGGCAGCGAGGGGCCCCCAGACGCGGCUGCUGCUGCUGCUGCUGCUGCUGCUGCUCCUGCUGCGGCUGCGCAGGACGCAGCAGCAGCAGCAGCAGCAGCAGCACCAGUCGUAGGAGCGGAGGCAGACUUACUUGAUUUGGGAGAGGAAGGAGAGCACUGGGGGCUCAGCGGGGGGGCCCCCCUUGGGGGCCCCCCGGGGGGCCCCCAAGGGGGGGCCCCCCUGGGGGGCCCCCUGGGGGGCCCCCCAGGGGGCCCCCCGGGGGGCCCCCCGGGGGCCCCCCUGAACCUGCUGCCGCUGCCGGAGCUGCUGGGGCCCUUCGAUGCUGCGAACUGCGAAUGGAAUAAAGACAAAGAAAUAGAAAGACAAGUGCGGGAGGAGACUGAGGAGUUGAAGAGAAAGAUCAAGCAGCAGCAGCAGCAGCAGCAGCAGCAGCAGCAGCAGCAGCAGCAGCAGCAGCAGCAGGGGGGGGGAACGCCCAAUGCAGCAGCAGCAGCAGCAGCAGCAGCAGCAGAAGAGUGGCCCAACAGUGACGCGGGCGGGGCAGCUGCGCCGCAUGCAAGCAGCAGCAAAGAUGCUGCUGCUCUUUUGGAGCAGCAGCAGCAAACCAACAAUGGCCCUCUCCCGGGGCUCCUUUGA